UAUAUUCACGUACGACCAAAUCUUUCAAAGGAAGCGUCGGAUAUUACAUAUUAUCCCCCCAAAAAAUAUUAUUUAUUAAAUAAUACUACAUAGUCCACGUUCAAAUUCAUAAAACUUGUCUCCCAAGCUUGGGAGGACCUUAGAAUUCUCCUAUAAAUUCGCCAUCCUUUUUUAUUGUUACUCCUAUAUUCUCUACAACCUUUUUUUCAAACGAAUUUAGUUCUUCAAAUUACCGGAAAUGUGUCCGACGGGAAGUGUUUUGCAUUCUGAAGCCACCGGGCAGCCAAAUCUCCGGUCAGCAUUCGACGUUUUGGACGUUGACCGCGAUGGAAAGAUUAGCAGAGACGAUCUCCGAACAUCGUACGGUGGAUUCGUCGGCGAGGACAUGAUUGGUACGAUGAUGACGGUGGCUGAUUUCAACAAAGACGGAUACGUUGAAUUUGAGGAAUUCGAGAAGGUUCUGGAUAGUUCUAGAAACCGAAACGGUGAGGAGAAGAGGAAAAAUGGAACAUUAGGAGGAGGGGUGAAUGUAAUGGAGGAUGUUUUCAAGGUGAUAGACAAAGAUGGGGAUGGCAAAGUUGGGGUUGAGGAUCUUAAGAGUUAUCUGAAUUUGGCUGGGCUUCAAGUAGAUGAUGAUGAUGUUAAGGCCAUGAUUAAAUUGGGCCAUGGUGAUGAAAAGGGCGGUGUCACCUAUGAAGGUUUUCUCCAGAUUUUGUCUCUUUGAUUUGUUACUCUUUACCCCCAAAUCCAAUAAUACGUGACAUUGAAACAAUUGCAGAGAAGAUUGAUGACGAUUAUGAAUGUUAAAUUAGAUGAACAAGUAUUGCUUUGAUUUGUAAUUUUUAAUGAUUUGUGAGAUUCAAAGUAGCCUAGUGCUUCACAUGCUAUUUGGAGAAUUCUUUUAGAGAGAGAAAAAGACUGGUCUACAAAUGAGGUCAUUUUUUCUUAAUUAAUAUUGAAGAUUAAAUGUGGCAAUAUAUAAUUCUUUGAUGGAUUUGAUCAACUACAAUUGAA